UCCCAUAAGGAAUUUGACACUCAGUUGAACAGUAACAUGCUUAUUGGAUGCUUUCAGUUCUAUGGAUCAAUGCACUUUUGAAUCUGGACUUUGCCCCUGUCUUUUAUGACGAAGUCUUGGUAGUAUUUGUUCAGAGUUCCGCAAUAUAAACCCCAGGCCUGGAAUAUGAACGGUAUCUGGAGAAGAGAGAAAUAGAUUUAUCCAUAAAUAACACAGAAAAUACAUUGCCGGACACAACAGCUAAACUAGGGUAUGAGUAUCUCAAAUACUUAUUUCUACUGCGUAUAGGGUCAUUUCCCCUGCUGUGUGUGACCCAGGGGUUCCAGGAUGUACAGUCCUUAUGGCUUGGACUCUAGCAGUUAUGCAGGAUCUGUCCAGUCCGUCCAGUCCAAUGGUCUUUCAGUGGAUGAUCGGUUAUCACAGAUAUCAAAUUUGUCCAGACCAAGUGCCAAGUCAAUAUACAUGCAGAGGAAGGAGUAUGCGGACUCUAUCACCAAGAUGAUGAACAAAUUCCAGUACAGAGUAGAGCAUCUGUUCACCUGUGACCUGGAUGGUAGGGAGGUGCGUGAUGUGAAUGACUGUGUUGAGAGGCUAAAGCUGCUGGAUGGGAUGGGCCGGGUCUGGGGGCAGGACAUGGUCCUGGAGGUGCGGGAUGGGAACCUGCUGCUAACAGACAUCGAGACUAAGGAGGAGCUGGAGUCCCUGGCUCUGAGCAGCAUCAUGGAGCUAAAGGCUGUGAUGGACAGCUGUGUGUACAACUCCCUGCUGACUGCGACCGUCAAGGACCACAGCAAGAGGACCACCAGUGUCUUCAUUUUCCAGUGUGAGGACCUCAGGGCCGAUUUCAUAAAACGGGACCUAGAGAGAGUGCUCCCUCACCAGAGAGAUGACGUUAACAAUCACAGCAACAACAGCAGGAGCAAUCUGGAAGUUAUGGCUGGCCAUCAAAUUGUUAGGAAUCUUCAGAAUGCUGACCCACCAACUGAGCAGAGAGAAUGGACUCCUCCCGAAGAUCCCUCAGCUCAAUGGAGCGCUCCGGACUAUGAUGAAGAUCCUACACCUGUACCUACGCCUACACCGCCCAUGCCCAGAGAAGAGCCCCUCCCUCCCAGGAAGGAAACCCCAGUUCAACACCUCUUUAUGGAGGAGGAGCAUGAGCCUGAGCCAGCCCUUGUCUCUCCUCCACGCCCAUACACAGAGACUAAUAGGAAUGUGGACAUCGUGAAUCAUAUUUUCAAUGACAUUGAGAUCUUUAUGGGCCAAGUCGCCGCUGCAGCAGCCAAAGCCGAGAAGAAGAAAAAGAGAAAGAAGAAGAAUAAAGAUAAAGGCAUUAAAGGCAUGCCACCAGCAGAGGAAUUUGAAACCUGUCUCCAGAAAAUCAAAUGCGGGUUCAACCUUCUGGGGGAGCUCAAUGGAAAGAUUAGUCAUCCCAGCGCUCCGGAAUUUGUCCACUGCCUCUUCUCCACCCUGGCAUUUGUGGUGUCCCACAGCCCUGAGGAGCUGCCCCCCACCAUCGUGGCGCCCCUGCUGAAGCCUGAGUGUAUCCGUCUGCUGAGUGAGGAGGCCACUCCCGAGGAGGACCAGCUGUGGCAGUCGCUGGGAGACGCCUGGAACGUCCCCAGUACAAAAUGGCUAGAGGAUGAUGAGGACAUCCCUACCUACACUCUGGAGUUCUAUGAUGGUUGGCAGCCCCUGGAGUUGACCCACUCUCUCCCAGGGAGAGAGCCUGAGGGAAGGCAGCAGAGUCAGAAACAGAGUCAGAGUCAGAGUCCGCGCUCCACCCCUGAAAAGAGGUCGGCCCCAUUCAAGCCUCCGCCACCACGUCCAGAUGAGUCAAACCCCACUUACAUGCGUGUGAUGUAUGACUUCACGGCAAGGAACAACAGAGAGCUGAGCAUCUCCAAGGGAGAGGAGGUUCAGCUACUGGACAUGUCAAAGAAAUGGUGGCGAGUAAGGAGCGACAGAGGAGAGGAGGGCUUCAUACCCAACAAUGUACUGGAGUCACAGGAUAAGGAGCAGGAAAAGCAGGAAACCAGUGGUCCUCCCUCCCUAACCAAGAGGUCCAAGCCUGACCAAGUGAAGGCCUGGCUGGAGUAUAAGGGCUUCAGUAAAAUCACGGUGCGCUGUCUGGGUGUGCUGAGUGGCUCUAUGCUCCUGGGGAUGACGAGAGAAGAGCUGAAGAUAAUGUGUCCUGAGGAGGGGGGGCGGGUCUUCUUCCAGCUCCAGACCAUCAAGUCUGCCAUGGCUUUUGCCAGUGAGGUAAGGCCCAUAGAGCCUUAGGAGGGGAGGAGACGGGAGUACCAGAGAGUCACAAAUGUGUCGAGACUUUUAAAGGUUAUCCCUUUUCGCUGUGCAAUAGAACAAUUCUGAUUAUAACUACUGAAAACACUGAGUAAGCUGAGUUUAUUUAAAAGUAUGUAGCGUGGAAGUAUCAAAACUCUAUAUUUUUUUGUUCCAUUUAAUAAUCCAAUAUUUAAAGAAAGAGUCUCUCUCUCUCUCUCUCUCUCUCUCUCUAUAUAUAUAUAUAUAUAUAUAUAUAUAUAUAUUCUGUGUCAGCUGCUAACUUCAGCACUAUAUUUAACCAUAUGUAUUCUAUAAAACCAGUGUUGAUGCCACUUGAUUCUAUGAUUGAUCUUGAGGAUUUUUUUAAAGUCACCAUUUCUACAUGCAUAAAUUAAUGUUAAGUGUUACAAUACUUUUUCUGUAUAGUAUCGUGUUGUUGAUGUAAUGUAAUCAACCCACAUAUAUUUUACUUCGGUAGUGCUAUGUAUGUACACUUCAAUGAGUAAAUCACAUUAUAUCAAAUCAA